AGCUUGGUGAGCAGAACAGCAGCCAUGCCGCCUGCCAUGGGAGGACCCCAGGGGUACACCCCUCCAGAGGGGGGCUGGGGCUGGGCGGUGGUGGUGGGAGCCUUCAUCUCUAUUGGCUUCUCCUACGCCUUCCCCAAGUCCAUCACCGUCUUCUUCAAGGAGAUCGAGGUCAUUUUCGACUGCACCAGCAGCCAGGUGUCAUGGAUCUCCUCCAUCAUGCUGGCGGUGAUGUACGCCGGAGGUGAGCUGGAGGAUAGAUUAGGGCUAGCCUCGUAAUUACCAGACUGAUGUCCGUGCAGCGAACAUUCAUGUAAGAUGGCGGCUUGCGAGGCUAGAAUAGUGCACCACUACCGGAAAUGUACAUAAUAAUAACAUAUUUUAGUGUAACACCAAUUAAAUUGUAACACGUUACAAAUGUACUCCAACUGUAUUUGCUUUCACAAACAACAAAGCUUGUAUGGAGUGCAUUUUUGUGGUUCAUAAUAAUAUAAUAAUAAUAUGCCAUUUAGCAGACACUUUUAUCCAAAGCGACUUACAGUCAUGCGUGCAUACAUUAUUUUUUUUUGUGUAUGGGUGGUCCCGGGAAUCGGACCCACUACCUUGGCGUUACAAGCGCCGUGCUCUACCAGCUGAGCUACAGAGGACCACAAACGCAUUACAAAUGUAUUGGAAACGGGUUAACAAGUGAUUUCACAAUUUUGUGUGAAGUUUCCGGUAGGGAGUCAGAGUGAUGAGAUAGUGUACCAGAAAUUAGCUGUACGAUGCAGAGUGAAUAGGGGAGCAUUGUGUAACAGACAUUGGUUUAAAAAGUGUUUGUUGGCCUCCCGAGUGGCGCAGCGGUCUAAGGCACUGCAUCACAGUGACUGAGGUGUCCCUACAGCCCCGGGUUCGAUCCCAGGCUGUGUCACAGCCGGCUGUGAACGGGAGACCCAUGAGGUGGCACACAAUUGGCCCAGUGUCAUCCAGGUUAGGGGAGGGUUUGGCUGGAUGGGAUUUCCUUGUCCCAUCGUGCUCUAGUGACUCCUUGUGGUGGGCUGGGUGCCUGCAAGCUGACUUUGGUCACCAGCUGGAUGGUGUUUCCUCCGAUACAUUGGUGCGGCUGGCUUCCGGGUUAAGCGAGCGGUGUGUCAAGAAGUCGUGUUUUGGAGGACGCAUGGCUCUUGACCUUCGCCUCUCCCGAGUCCGUACGGAAGUUGCAGCGAUGGGACAAGACUGUAACUACCAAUUGGGUAAAAAAAAGUAUAUAUUUGUUUUCUUUCAAAUACUUUGAGCGUUUGAUUGCACUUAUAGGUUUGGAUCAAGGGACCGUUCCAUUGGUUCCAUUGAGACCAGACAAGCUAAAGUAUUAAUAGAAAACAAAUACUACUUGAACCCAGACCAUAGCUUGGUAAUCCCCUGAAGUGAAUGGUCAUGAUCCUUUUUAAGUACCACUUAAACCUUAUAGCUAAAUCAUUAAGCAUGUGUCCCAAAACUUGUCCCACCAUAUCCUCCUACAGUUGCUGAUUUAAGCUGAUCUGUGAGACUUCGGAAACGUCAACUUGGCUUUCUUUUAGAUGUUUUAUUUGAUGCAAAAAUUAAACGUAAUGAUAGCUAAGACGACAAAUAAGACAAUAUAUACAAUCAUCCUUUUUUAAACAGAUACUGUAAAUGCACCUUUUAACAUGCAUGGAUCUGGAUGCCUCUGUUAGGGAUCCGUAUUCUCAAUGUACCUUUCAGUGAGAAUGCAUACACUCUUUAUUUUGCUCAGUGGACUGUUUAUGCACUUCCUAUUCUUCAGUCACAAACAGCUCCAAUAGUUUCCCACCCAUUGACUAUGUUGAGUAAGGUCACCGGGCACCAGAUCAAGAUUAAGUGUAUUGUCCCAAAGGAGAUGCUGAUGUCUGAAUCAAACCACUGUCAUUGAAAUUAAACAAAUGGGGCCUCUAGAAUGCUUUUACUCUUCCAUUGAAGCAUUGUUCUUAACAGUGCAACAGUAUCUGUCUCUACAGUCCGUGGAUGGGGUUCCUCUCUUCCCAGUGUGCUUGUUAAUGCUCUGAUCAGAUGAAUGUUGUCCCAGGUGUCUUCUGAGGCUGAGGAGAUGAAAUGGCUUACGUGAGAGUGGCAGGUGAGGCAGACUGUGUCAGCUGGUCUGGCUUCCUGUACCGACGGGGACUGGGUUGAAUCAAAUGCUAUGUGUCAGACAGGUCAGACAGGUCUUCCCAGUGGAGCGUCUUUUCAUCUGCAUGACAUUUAACACGAACAGACAGAACAGUAAUCAGAGGGACUCUUCUUCUCAGACUCCUUGUCCCACAAGAAGAGGUCUGAGGCCGGAUAGUGAAUGGACUCAUUUUCUCUCUAGGAGGGGAGAUAAACUGAAUGAACAAAUCCCCGGGGUAUGAUGCUGUUUUAGAAAAUGUCGUCUUUUUUUUCCAUAUUGAUGUUGUCCUGUAAACAUUGUUAUUAGCUGCACACUUCUACAGCAGCAUUUUUAGCUGGCUUAGUAGUGGUGCCUAUUUACAGUGGGGAAAAAAAGUAUUUAGUCAGCCACCAAUUGUGCAAGUUCUCCCACUUAAAAAGAUGAGAGAGGCCUGUAAUUUUCAUCAUAGGUACACGUCAACUAUGACAGACAAAUUGAGAAAAAAAAUCCAGAAAAUCACAUUAUGGGAUUUUUUUUAAAUUUAUUUGCAAAUUAUGGUGGAAAAUAAGUAUUUGGUCACCUACAAACAAGCAAGAUUUCUGGCUCUCACAGACCUGUAACUUCUUCUUUAAGAGGCUCCUCUGUCCUCCACUCGUUACCUGUAUUAAUGGCACCUGUUUAAACUUGUUAUCAGUAUAAAAGACACCUGUCCACAACCUCAAACAGUCACACUCCAAACUCCACUAUGGCCAAGACCAAAGAGCUGUCAAAGGACACCAGAAACAAAAUUUUAGACCUGCACCAGGCUGGGAAGACUGAAUCUGCAAUAGGUAAGCAGCUUGGUUUGAAGAAAUCAACUGUGGGAGCAAUUAUUAGGAAAUGGAAGACAUACAAGACCACUGAUAAUCUCCCUCGAUCUGGGGCUCCACGCAAGAUCUCACCCCAUGUGGUCAAAAUGAUCACAAGAACGGUGAGCAAAAAUCCCAGAACCACACGGGGGGACCUAGUGAAUGACCUGCAGAGAGCUGGGACCAAAGUAACAAAGCCUACCAUCAGUAACACACUACGCCGCCAGGGACUCAAAUGCUGCAGUGCCAGACGUGUCCCCCUGCUUAAGCCAGUACAUGUCCAGGCCCGUCUGAAGUUUGCUAGAGUGCAUUUGGAUGAUCCAGAAGAGGAUUGGGAGAAUGUCAUAUGGUCAGAUGAAACCAAUAUAGAACUUUUUGGUAAAAACUCAACUCGUCGUGUUUGGAGGACAAAGAAUGCUGAGUUGCAUCCAAAGAACACCAUACCUACUGUGAAGCAUGGGGGUGGAAACAUCAUGCUUUGGGGCUGUUUUUCUGCAAAGGGACCAGGAUGACUGAUCCGUGUAAAGGAAAGAAUGAAUGGGGCCAUGUAUCGUGAGAUUUUGAGUGAAAACCUCCUUCCAUCAGCAAGGGCAUUGAAGAUGAAACGUGGCUGGGUCUUUCAGCAUGACAAUGAUCCCAAACACACCGCCCGGGCAACGAAGGAGUGGCUUCGUAAGAAGCAUUUCAAGGUCCUGGAGUGGCCUAGCCAGUCUCCAGAUCUCAACCCCAUAGAAAAUCUUUGGAGGGAGUUGAAAGUCUGUGUUGCCCAGCGACAGCCCCAAAACAUCACUGCUCUAGAGGAGAUCUGCAUGGAGGAAUGGGCCAAAAUACCAGCAACAGUGUGUGAAAACCUUGUGAAGACUUAUAGAAAACGUUUGACCUGUGUCAUUGCCAACAAAGGGUAUAUAACAAAGUAUUGAGAAACUUUUGUUAUUGACCAAAUACUUAUUUUCCACCAUAAUUUGCAAAUUAAUUCAUAAAAAAUCCUACAAUGUGAUUUUCUGGAUUUUUUUUCCUCAUUUUGUCUGUCAUAGUUGACGUGUACCUAUGAUGAAAAUUACAGGCCUCUCUCAUCUUUUUAAGUGGGAGAACUUGCACAAUUGGUGGCUGACUAAAUACUUUUUUUCCCCACUGUACAAUGUGUAAGAAAAACUACUGAACGAGUAAUUACCAAAACACUGAACUCCUGAGAGGAUUAGUGCUGAUAUGUUUCAUGUGUCGUACCAUGUACUGUAUACAGUACAGAAGGUCAAGCUUCAGCAAUAGCAGCACUUUAUGAAUAACUCUUUAACGAGUUCUGAACCAUAUGCCUAUUUCAGUAUAGAGGGGACCAGCACCAUGUGGACGUACGAGUGGCGCAGUGGUCUAAGGCACUGCAUCGCAGUGCUAGCUGUGCCACUAGUUAUCCUGGUUUGAAUCCAGGCUCUGUCGUAGCCGGCCACGACCGGGAGACCCAUGGGGCGGUGCACAAUUGGCCUAGGGUAGGGGAGGGAAUGGCCAGCAGGGAUGUAGCUCAGUUGGUAGAGCAUGGCGUUUGCAACGCCAGGGUUGUGGGUUCGAUUCCCACAGGGGGCCAGUAUGAAAAAAUAAAAAAAUUAUGAAUGCACUCACUAACUGUAAGUUGCUCUGGAUAAGAGCGUCUGCUAAAUGACUAAAAUGUAAAUGUAUGGUGUGGACCAUAUGUAUUUACAUUUAGCAGACGCUCUUAUCCAGAGCGACUUACAGUUAGUGAGUGCAUACAUUUUCAUACUGGAGUACAUAGCUGCCACGGCUGCCCCCCACCAGACCGGUGAAUCAAUGCUAUUUAUUGUUCAGCAGUCCAUUCCCUCAAAAGGUAGCACUUAGCUCAGGCGCACAUUCAGGACCUGCAUGGGCGAAAGCCAGGUCAUUGGUUCAUGCAGUAACAUUGUCUCAGACGGUUCCCAGUAGUUCUCAGUUCUCCCACUCUAAGUGUGUUGCCUGUUAGUUGGGCUCUAGACACAUGACUGCCUGGCUGGCUGCGCAUGAUCAGGAGCACAAGACUGUGUGGGGGCUGACCUCUGACCUUUCUACAGAACCAGAACACACAGGCCCUGUCAGACUCAGACCCUAAUGAUGUCUAUGACCCAAUCCUGGCAGGCCUUAAAACAGGGGUUACAGCCAACAGUGCACAGCAUACACUGUGUUCUUCUAGAUUGUAGCUCAAGUAAUCAAUGAGUAAUUGAAUCAAAUGGCUUUAGAAAGCCCUUUUUUACAUCAACAGCUGUCGCAAAGUAAACAACAGGAACCUGGCCUAGACCCCCAAAGAGCAAGCAGCAGUACAGUGGCAAUCCGUACUCCAUUUUGCAUGUAGGCCUACUGGUGCUACAGAAAAUGGGUUGUGUUGCUUGGCUUAUUCAACUGUAAGUUGCCAUUAUUUAGUGUUUGUAUGUCAUCCAUGAACGCUAUGAAAAAAUCAUGUUAUGGAAAAUGUAUACAUUGACUAAAUAAUGGGACUUAAUCCUCUUGUCUUGACCUCUCUUUCAUUUCUAACCUAUCCUUCUCAAUGUCUUACAUUGUCAGGAUUGGUCACAGGCUAUCUCCUCAGACAUUACUCUCCCUCACCAGCUCAUCUUCAGAGAGGGAGGGGACAGGCUCUUUGUUGGUGUUUAGCCUCGCCUGUAUUAGAAUCUAAAAAGCCUUUGUCGUGUUCCGAGCUGGCAAAUUAGUCUGGACAACCUCUAAACAAAAACUGUCACAUUCCAUUUAGGUUCCUUCCGUGGUGCCGGGAUUUGGCAGGGAGGCUGAAGCGUCUUCCACAUGGAUCUUCGAUCUUCGCUCCCAUUUAGGCCUUGUUGGUAUAAGCCAGACAGAGGGUGGGCAUGCAGCCAGCAGAACUCUGCAUGCCAUCUAGGCAUAUAUGUUAACAAAUUGAAGUGAGCUAGCUGUUGUUAGGCUCAUUUUAUGGCCCAUAUUUACCUUGAAUUUGUGUUGCCGAACCCUCUGAGAUUUAGCCCAACCUAAAUGGAAGGAAUAUGUUGCAGUCUAAGACUAUAACAAAGUGGAGCUAUUGUGAAUGUAGCCUCCAAAUCUUCCAGUAGGGAAGAUGAUAGUGUAUGUAGUAGCAGGCUGUCGGCCAUCAUUGAUUAGAAAAACUAAGAGUAGGCUAUGUUGAUCAAGUUAUAUCAGUAGACAAACUGUCUAUUUUGACAUCAGUAGGAGGCGGAGUGGGACAAAGGUAGUGUUCCUCUUAAUGUGAUGCUCUCAUCUUUCAAAAUCAAGGGAUAUUAUUUACUAUUACAUGGGAACUGUGGUAGAUUACCCAUAGGAAAUGAGUCUGACUAAGUGUAACCUGCUCUACUGUUCUUAAGCUCUGCUAAGUAUUUUGCUAGGAGACAGUAGAGUACUUUAAAUGUAUUUUUUCUAUACUCAACCUCCCUAGCACACACACACAUAAAAUCCUGCAGAGGAGAAUGAAGCAGGGUUUUACAGUAGCCUAGUUAGAAAUGCUCUUUAGCGACAGAGCCCUCUUCUUUUGUCAUUCUCUGCACAUAACGUUAGGAAUACACAAACUGUAGCCACACCUCACAAUAUCUUGUUUCAUCGCGAUUGUCUUCUUGUUUUCUGUGAGAUUGCAUUGCCAACUGUGGCUAGACCAGAGAAAUUGCUGCAGUGCAGCAGUGAGACAAAUCAUUGCAGAAGUUGUGUGGAAGCUCCCCUGUAGCUCAGUUGGUAGAGCAUGGCGCUUGCAACGCCAGGGUUGUGGGUUCGUUUCCCACAGGGGGCCAGUAUGAAAAUGUAUGCACUCACUAACUGUAAGUCGCUCUGGAUAAGAGCGUCUGCUAAAUGACUGAAAUGUAAAUAAAUGUAAAGCUCCGGCUGCACCAGUGUUUCUCAGAGCUGGGGCUUUAGGGCCCUCUAGUGGUAAAAUAUAACAUUUCUCAAAAAUGGUAGGCUUUUCUUAUGGUAGUCAACUUCGCUUUUUCACCUAUUAAAGAUUUUCAAUCAUGUUAAUCAAGAAAAUUAAUUCAAGAUGUGAAUUUGCAAUCCUCUAAAGUUUGACUAAUGAGAUUUCGAUAGUCAUUAUGGUAUAGUCAGUUAUGCUUGGGCAUAUUUGCCUAAGGUGCAUUUUCCCACCGUAUGAGCCAUCUUGACUGUUUGCUUUGUAUUUGUCACCUCUCAGGUCCUAUCAGCAGUAUCCUGGUUAAUAAGUAUGGAAGUCGUCCCGUCAUGAUGUGUGGAGGAUUCCUGUCUGGCUGUGGACUGAUUGCUGCCUCCUUCUGCAACUCAGUGGAAGGACUUUACUUCUGUGUGGGAGUGGUCGGAGGUAGGCCUCUUUCAUGGUUAGUGCUAUCUGAGAUCCUAUAUGUUCAUUAGUUCACUGUUCAAUAGUUGCUGCUGUUGAGGAAAUGUAUCGCCCUCUGGGGACCUCUUUAGGAACUCUAUCAUCACUUUUUAGUAUCCUGAAUUUCUUUUCGGUCUGGUUUCAUGUGUUAUGUAUAAGGAAUAACUAGGCAGUCUGAUGUUGGACUGAAUUAAUGUCUUUAAUAUAUUUCAACAGGUUUGGGACUGGCAUUCAAUCUGAACCCAGCCCUUACUAUGAUUGGGAAGUACUUCUACCAUAAGCGGCCCAUCGCCAAUGGAAUCGCCAUGGCGGGCAGCCCAGUUUUCCUAUCCACCUUGGCCCCUCUCAACAGCUGGUUCUUUGACCAGUUUGGCUGGAGGGGCAGCUUCCUGAUCCUGGGAGGCCUGCUGUUCAACUGCUGCGUCGCUGGUUCUCUCAUGAGACCCAUCGGACCAAAACCACAGCCUGCCGUAAAAAGUGAAGACGCUGCCAAAGAGAGUACGACGUGUGGGCAGAAGUGCAACAGUUUUAUCGACCUCUCACUGUUCAAACACCGGGGCUUCGUGCUCUACCUCAUGGGUAACGUAAUUAUGUUCUUUGGUCUCUUCUCCCCACUAGUGUUCCUUAGUAACUUUGCCAAGAGCAGGGACAUCCCCAAAGAGAAGGCAGCCUUCCUGCUGUCUGUCCUGGCCUUUGUGGACAUGGUGGCCCGGCCCUCUAUGGGCAUUGUGGCCAAUACAAAGUGGAUACGACCCAGGGUGCAGUACUUCUUUGCCUGCUCUGUGCUGUUGAACGGUGUGUGCCACGUCCUGGCGCCUAUCUCCGUGGACUACACAGGCUUCGUUAUCUACGCCAUCUUCUUUGGCUUUGCCUUUGGCUGGCUGAGUGCGGUGCUGUUUGAGACGCUCAUGGACCUGGUGGGAACCCAGCGAUUCUCCAGUGCAGUGGGACUGGUCACCAUCGUGGAGUGUGGGCCGGUCUUGUUAGGUCCCCCUGUGUUAGGUGAGUGCACACUUCACAUGUAUUUGUAGUUUACUUAUGCUCCUUGUUUCUAUAUAAAGAUGUUCAAUCAUCUAACUGGUUUAUUUUUAUGAAAAGUAAAGACUGUUAACUUAUGAUACAAGUUAGAAUUAAUCUUUGUUUCGUCACAGGGAAAUUCAAAGACAUCUACAAUGACUACCAAUACACCUACCAGAGCUGUGGGGUGAUCCUUAUCAUUGCCAGUGUGUUCCUGUUUGUGGGAAUGGGUCUCAACUACCGGUUGUUGGACAAAGAGAAAAAGGAGGAGGAAAGGAAGGCUAAACUGGAGGGAAAAGAAGAAGAGUCCAACAAGGACAGAGUGAGAGCAAUUGACGAGACAAAAACUUCAGAAGACACAGUUUAA